AAAUUUUACAAUACAAAACAAUAAAUUAAAAUUAUUUUUUUUCCUUACCUGAGCUGAUGAUCGCUUUUAUCCAUUUCCGCAGUCACACAAUCAAUCAUUCAGUAGCUGAACUGGAUUCCACACAGUCACAAAAACAAAUUAACCGGAAAAGCCUCAAAACUGCUGCAUGCGCCCUGGAAACAAUAGCCGACAGCCACAUUGGAUGUUCAGCUUCCGAAAAAUGUUCGAAAACCGGAACACUUACUUCUGGGUUUUUGGUGUUUGGGAACCAAGUCAUUUGAGAACCAAGGGAGAAUCUUGAACUGACUGCUGAAAGCCUCCUGUUUUGCCUAAAACUCACCUGCUUGCCUGUAGACCAGCAGUGCAUUUCCUGCGUGCGUCUACUCAGAAGUAAGCCCCGCUGAUUUCAGCAGGACUCCGCUCACAGGUGAACACAUUUAGGAUUGCACCCUUUUAGGUCUUUUGAGACUAAUCAGGGGCCUCCUCACACAACCUUUGUCCUGGGAAUGGAAGGAACUUUGCAGCAAGAGGACUUUUUGGUCUGGAAGGGAGCUGAGAUGGAUCUCGGAGGUAAAAUGGGUCUUCCAGGCCCAGCAAGGGAGGCAUCAGGAAAAGGCCCCGGCUCAUUUUUGGCUGAGAACUCUGGGGAAUUCCAAAAAAGAAGAGGGCAGAAGAUCCUGGAUGAAGGAGCAGUGAGUUCAAACACUCUCUGCCGGCGCUUCAGGCACUUCCGCUACCAGGAGGACAAGGGCCCCCGCGUGGCCUGCACUCGACUCCACCGCCUCUGCCAUCAGUGGCUGAAGCCAGAAAGGCACACCAAGGCCCAGAUGCUGGACCUAGUGAUCCUGGAGCAGUUCCUGGCUGUCCUCCCCCCGGAGAUGGAGAAUUGGGUCAGGGAGUGUGGGCCGGAGACCAGUUCCCAGGCGGUGGCCCUGGCCGAAGGUUUCCUUCUGAGUCGGGAGGAAGACAGAAAGCAGGAAGAGGAUCAGGUGCUGGAAGUGAUCAUCGAUUCCCCCAAGGCAGUGUUUGGCCUGCCCAGUACCUGUCAGAUCCCGUUAUUUGGGGUAAUCAACCAAGAGGAUCGUCCAUGGAACAUGUUACCGGGGAACGGGAUGACAUCACCGCCACCCCCUGAAAGGUCUCUUAACGGCGGAGCAGAAGCAGCUGCUGUGCAGCCGCCUCAGGGUCCCCUGUCCUUUGAGGAGGUGGCUGUGUGUUUCACCGAGGAUGAGUGGUCUCUGCUGGAUCCAAGCCAAAGAACAUUGUACAGAGAAGUCAUGCUGGAGAAUUCCCGGAACGUGGCCUUGCUGGAAGGUGAUGGGUGGCCCAGUAAGGAUGAGGAGGGACCAUCCAGAGAGUCGUCGGAAAGGAGCAAGUAUCAAGAGACAGAAGAGGAAAUCAGAAAUCACGAAGGGCCAAAAAAUCAGGAGCGGAAUCAGCUGGAGGUGUGGAUGAACGAAUCAGUUAAUUGGCAGGGCAUCAGCUUCCCCAAAGUUCCUAUUCAGCAAGAAAAGCAGAAAGGAGCAAAGAGGAAUGUCUGCCCGGUGUGCGGGAAAGGAUUCAGUCACAAAUCAGACCUAAACGUUCACUGGCGAAUCCACACGGGAGAGAAGCCGUUCAAAUGCCCGGAAUGCAGCAAGAGCUUCACCCAGCGUGCAAACCUUGCGUCGCAUCAGAGGAUCCAUACGGGGGAGAGGCCGUACAAAUGCGCCGAGUGCGGAAAGGGCUUCUACGACAAGUCGAGCCUCGCUAUCCACCAAAGAAUCCACACGGGCGAGAAGCCGUACCAGUGCUUGGUGUGUGGAAAGAGCUUCCACCAGAGCUUUGGCCUCACCUCUCACCAGAGGAUCCACACGGGGGAGAAGCCCUACGUCUGCUCGUACUGCGGGAAGGGCUUCUACGACAAGCCGCACCUCACCAGGCACCAAAGAGUCCACACCGGCGAGAAGCCGUACAAAUGCUUGGUGUGCGGGAAGAGCUUCAGCCAGAUCACGAGCUACACGUCCCACCAGAGAAUCCACACAGGGGAGAGGCCCUUCAUGUGCUCCCACUGUGGGAAGAGCUUCUACGACAAGUCCAACCUCCUCACCCACCAAAGAAUUCACACCGGGGAGAAGCGGUACAAGUGCCUGGAGUGCGGGAAGAGCUUCAGCCAGAAGAAGAACCUGACUUGCCACCAGAGCAUCCACACCGGCGAGAAACCUUACCAGUGCCUGGAGUGCGGGAAGUACUUCCGCCAGCACACGGACCUCACUUCCCAUCAGAGAAUCCACACGGGGGAGAAGCCGUACCAGUGCCUGGAAUGUGGGAAGAGGUUCUAUAGGAAAGCCGAUCUAAACAGGCACCAGAGGAUUCACGUCGGGGCGGGGAACCCCAUAAUUUCCUGGAACGUUGAGAUGCCUUCAGAGGGGGUGUCAGUCUUGCGUCCCAUCAGAGAAUUCGCCCAGGAGAGCCAGUACGUCACCCCUGAGAUGCUGCUGAAUCACCCCUUGUUAGUCAUUGAUGAAUCCACAUAGCCGAGGCUCCUCCUGUUGAUGUUUAGUCGUGUCCGACUCUUCGUGACCCCAUGGACCAGAGCACGCCAGGCACUCCUGUCUUCCACUGCCUCCCGCAGUUUGGUCAAACUCAUGUUCGUAGCUUCGAGAACAUCCCCACCAUCUCGUCCUCUGUCGUCCCCUUCUCCUUGUGCCCGCCAUCUUUCCCAACAUCAGGGUCUUUUCCAGGGAGUCUUCUCUUCUCAUGAGGUGGCCAAAGUAUUGGAGCCUCAGCUUCACGAUCUGUCCUUCCAGUGAGCACUCAGGGCUGAUUUCCUUCAGAAUGGAUAGGUUUGAUCUUCUUGCAGUCCUUGGGACUCUCAAGAGGCUCCUCCUAGUCCCCCCAAAUAAAUAUUUGGGGUGUGGAAAAGGAGCAAGCUAUAUAAAUAUGCAGACUUUUUUAAACAAACCAAACAUCCGUGCAGACACAGACUGAUGCUGGUAGCUGUCACCUUUCUGGGGGAAAAAAAGAGUAGGCCCCACAUUUAUUUACUUGGGUAUAUUAUAGCCUAUGGCACCCUUCAGGUGAUUUUGGACUACAGCACCUAUCAGCUGCACACUAGUACGGCCACUGCAGUCCAAAAACCUCUGAGGGAGGCUGCUAUAAUGCAUGUUUUUACGCCUUACUGGGUCCUGUUAUUAUUUCUUGACUGGUUUGCAUGAAGCUUCCUUUUAUUUCCCCUGUGCCUUAGUUUUUUUAUUAAAAAU